AUGCCAGCUGCAUCACCAGGUGCCUCGGGCUGUGACACAUCCAGCACCCACACGCCUGGCCCUCACCUGUCUGUGCAGCGGAGCGCAGGCGCGGCACGGGCACCGAGGGCAGGAGGCGCGGGGACUCGGCACUUCCCCCCGGGGUCUCGCGUUCGCAGACUUCUCGCCCGGGAGGAAGGCAGUCGUCCGAGAAGGGAAGCCGAGGUUUCUUCCUGGAACGGUGCGCAGGACCGACUGGACGCCUCCAGCUGGGACGAGGAUACGGAUCAAUUGAGGCAGAUCAUCUCCUUAGGCCAGCUUAUCUACAACCAGUGUGAAGAGAUGAAAUACUGCCAGAAACAGUGCUGGCAUCUAAGGAACCAUGUCCAUGGCCUGCUGCAGCCUCUGCAAAUGCUCCAGGCCCAAGGAGAGAGGAACCUGCCCACCGAGAUAACCACUGCCCUGAAAUGUUUCCAGGCUGCCCUAGAGGAAGCUAAGGAACGGAUAGAUAAGUUCAGCAAUAAAUCCAAUAUCCAGACGUUUCUAACAGCAGGGCAUGACAGAAUACUCUUCAGUGGAGUGAACAAGAGGCUGAGAGAUGUCUGGGAGGAGUUCUCACUGCUGCUUCAGGUCGAUCAAUGGAUGCAUAUUUCAAGCAUCAGCCCAGGAGCAUUCUGGCAACAGGAAGAUAAAUAGGAUGCAGAGGAAGACAGGAAGGUUAUCCAAGGACUGAGAAGUGAAAAUGAAACCAUAGAAACUUUAUUGAGACAAUUGGAAAACAAUGCAAAGAAAACCAUUGAAACCUUGAGGAGCUGGAUGAGGUCAGUCCCAGAGAAAUGCAAGAAGGGGCUCCCAGAAGAUCAAGUCAAGGAGAUUAAGAAAGAGGAGCUUCCAGAAGCCGAUUGGAUCCUGCUAAAGGAAAAUUAAUUUCGCACACUUUAUGAAGGAAAAUACCGCAAAUCUCCAGCGGCCAUAAAAGUAUUCAACAAACCCCAGGCCAGAGAUGUUGGAAUAGUGAGGCAUACUUUCAAUAAUGAAAUCAGAGCCAUGAAGAAAUUUGAUUCCCCCAAUAUCCUGCGUAUGUUUGGGAUUUGCACUGAUGAGACAGUGACCCCACCUCAGUUAUCCAUCGUCAUGGAGUACUGUGAGCUCGGGACCCUGAGGGAACUGCUGGAUCCGGAAAAGGACCUCACCCUUGCCAAGUGCAUCAUCCUGGUCCUGGGGGCAGCCAGAGGCUUAUACAGGUAUCAGAUGGGGGAGAGGGCGCCAAGAAGAACGGAAUGAGUCUGUCUUCUUUACUGAUAGUCCCAGAGAUAAGGAGAGAAGAGGCCAGAAGCCCCAGGUAGGCUUCCCUUCCAUAAGUUGUUUUACUACUUAACUCUGAUUGUAACACCUGAGAC